UUACAUCUCUAGAUGUUGUUAUUGUUGUUGGCCGCCUGGUUGAUCUCUCUCAACCUAGGCACCAAUCCAGAGCUCCCCCAUGGCCUUUCUCUUUAAGUCUUAUUAUGAUGAACUAAUUAAGAAAUAGAUAAUCAAAAAGCUUCAGCCGGAGACUUGUAAUUCUCGGCGGGGAGGAAAAAUAAAUAUCCUUUUUUUUUUUUUCCUCCUUUCGCCACCGUGGUUCUCGUUUUCCGGUGCAUCUUCAAUAUCGAUGGAUCCCGCCAAAAUUCACACUCUCUCUUUGAUUACCUAUAUUUCCAUAAUUAUUUUCAAUCAUGUCUCCGUCGGGGACGAGACACCGACAGCAUUGUUGCUGAACUGCGGGUCGGAUAAUUUAGGACCGGAUCCUGACGGUCGAAAGUGGACAUCCGAUGACAAGUUCAUCUCUGGGGACAACCCAAAAGCCCAGGCUCAAUUCCAGGACCCAGCAAUCCCUUCAGAAAUUCCUUUCAUGGACGCACGGAUCAUCCUCUCGGAAUCCACCUACAAGCUCCCGAUCCAACCCAAUACCCGGUACGUGCUCCGGCUCUAUUUUUACCCAUCGGAUUACCUCCGGUACAACAUCUCUGCCUCCUACUUCACCGUCACGGCAGCCAAAAUCACCCUCCUGAGAAACUUCAGCGCGUCAAUCACGGCUCGCGCCACCACCCAAGCUUAUCUGAUAAAGGAAUACUCACUUCCCCCCUCCAAUUCCGAUACGCUGGAACUCACCUUCAAACCCGAAAGCAGAGAAACCUUCGCCUUCAUCAACGGCAUCGAGCUGAUUCCGACCCCCAAUGGCAUGUUCGGCACCGUGCAGAUGAUUGGGCUCACGAGCAGCGAAAUGGAUAUGACGAGCGCGAGCCUAGAGACUCUGUUCAGGCUAAACGUUGGUGGUAGCCUGAUCGGACCCAAAAAUGACACUGCCGGAAUGGGAAGAACUUGGUACAACGACAUGCCUUACAUUUACAGCGGAUCGGUCGGAGUGGUUACUUCAGUAAAGAAAGGGCAACACGUGAAGUACGAUCGUAUUCCACAUUACAUUGCGCCUAUACAAGUCUACGAAAGCGCCAGAGCCAUGGGACCGGACGGCCUGGAAGUGAAUACCAAGUACAACCUCACCUGGAAAUUCUCGGUGGAUCCCAAUUUCACCUACGUCAUCAGGAUGCAUUUCUGUGAUUUCCUGAUGACCCGCCCCAACCAGAGGAUCUUCGACAUCUACAUCAACAAUCAGACCGCUCAGGGAGACGACAACGCGUUGGACCCGGUCGGAACCGCCGGCGCCGGGGUUCCCUUCUACAGAGACUAUGGAAUCUUCGUCCGUGGUAAAGCUGCAGAUAUCUUGAUCGAGCUCCAUCCCUCCACGUUCUCCCAACCCGAGUUCUUAGACGCCAUUCUCAAUGGGCUAGAGAUUUUCAAGAUGGCCGUGAGUCGGAGCUUGGCGGGUCGGAAUCCAGAACUGUCGUCGAUGCUUGCCGCGGACAUUGACAAGAUUGAGAAGAAGAAGCAGAAAGAAUUUCAAUCCCACAAUAUGAUUGUAAUCGCCGGAGCAGCUGGUGGGGCCGUCGGAUUCUGCUUGGUAGCUGCAAUUUUGAUCGUGCUGGUAAAUCGGCAGAACAGAAGGAGAAACCAGAGACCUCCCUGCCCUCACGGCUCCAGCUGGCUCCCACUCCGUGGAAGCUCGAUGAGUAGCAACUCCGACAGCAAUCACCUCAGCUCAUUGGCACAAGGACUCUGCCGACACUUCACGCUAUCAGAGAUGAAACGAGCGACCCAGAGCUUCCACGAAUCCAACGUAAUCGGGAUCGGAGGGUUCGGGAAAGUGUACAAGGGUGCAAUCGAUGAGGGUUUGACCAAAGUAGCAAUCAAACGGUCGAACCCACAAUCGGAACAGGGGGUGAACGAGUUCAAAACAGAGAUUGAGAUGUUGUCCAAGCUUCGCCACAAACAUCUAGUCUCCCUUAUCGGGUUCUGUGAGGAAGAGGGGGAGAUGUGCUUGGUGUAUGACUACAUGGCACUCGGGACAUUGCGAGAGCAUCUCUACGAUUCAAGGAAAGGUCCAAUGGGGAUGCUUUCGUGGAAACAGAGGCUGGAGAUUUGCAUCGGAGCAGCCAGGGGGCUUCACUACCUCCACACGGGAGCUCAAUACACCAUCAUCCACCGCGACGUGAAGACCACAAACAUACUGCUUGACGACAAAUGGAGCGCCAAGGUGUCCGAUUUUGGCCUCUCAAAAACAGGGGCCAACAUGGAGAAUGGUGCGGUGAGCACGGUGGUGAAAGGCAGUUUUGGGUACUUGGAUCCUGAAUACUUUAGAAGGCAGCAAUUGACCGAGAAAUCGGAUGUUUACUCGUUUGGGGUGGUUCUAUUUGAGGUUUUGUGUGCUAAGCCGGCUUUGGACCCUAGCCUGCCCAAGGAGCAAGUGUGCCUCGCAGAUUGGGCACUUCAAUGCAAGCGAGAGGGAAGGUUGGUAGAGCUGGUUGAUCCUCAUAUCAAGAAGGAGAUCAAAGAAGAAUGCAUGAAUAAAUUCGCGGACACGGCGGAGAAGUGUUUGAAUGAUAGUGGAUUAGAGAGGCCUGGGAUGGGGGAUGUCCUCUGGAACCUUGAGUUUGCGCUGCAACUGCAGCAGGAGGAAGAUCAGGAAGGUGGUCGUAUUUGUGAGAGAGAUGAUUCAAAAUAAAUGUAUUUUUGUUCAUAAUAAGCUUAUUAUUAUGGGGUAAUAUUAUUGGAAGACAAGUGUUUUCGUUGUUGUGGCAGCUUUAUUGGAUUGGUUAUUGACGGCCCCUACACUACACUCUCAAUUGAAGGUAAAGUAUAACCAACAAUCGAGUGUAGCAUAGUGGAAGUAAAUUAAUAAAAUUAUC